CCAUCACCCCGACCCGGUAGUUAACAGACCACGUUGCGAGCCACGGAGACACCGUAGAACCAGAUCAGUUCCGGUACUCUUCUAGACGGCUGCGACUCUUCUCAGACGCUCCCAGGCACGAGUGUCUACUAUUAAUUCUAUUGAAAAUGGGUGUAAAGAAGAAGAAAGACAUGCAAGUAACUGCACUGACCGUUUGCCAUCAAGACCUCGAAACUUUGAGAUCUCUGGCUGAUGAGGAAGGAAAGAAUCUAGCUUCUUUGCUAUUACAUUGCGUACAACUCACAGAUGGAGUGUCACAAAUCCAUUGUGUUAAACAGAUCGUGCCUUUACUGGAGAAGGCAGAUAAAAACGGUGCGUGUGAUCCCAGCAUUCAAAGUUGUUUGGAUAUUUUAGCAGGCAUUUAUUUUUCUUUGAGUCUAAAGAAUCCCUUAAAGAAAGUCUUGGCAAGCUCACUAAAUGGACUACCUGAAUUUUUUCUUACUGAGGCUAUACAAAGUUUUACUUCUCGUCUUCAGGAAGAAUUGAAUACUACUGAUCUAUACUCUUAUAGGAAAGUAAUUGACAAUAUAUCUUCCUGUAUGGAGAACUUUGACUUGGGUAGAGCAUGUGUUAAUAAUCUUCUUAAAAAUGUGCUUCAUUUUCUGCAGAAGAGUUUAAUUGAAAUCUUGGAAGAAAAUAGAAAAUUUGCUGGAAAUCAUAUUGUUCAAACGCAGUUGAUGAAUGACUUGUUGGUAGGCACUCGAGUUUCAGUGAUGUUAGUACAAAAAAUACAGGACUUUCAGAGAAUCCAUUUGAAGAUGUCCAGUUCUCCCACAUGGCAAAGUAUGUGUGGAUUGCUGAGUAUUUUCACCAAGUUUUUAAUCGAUGAUGACCUCUUACAGACAAUUCAGAGUACAUCUGGAUUAGCUGUUAUUCUUUUUAUUAAGGCUAUGUUUCACCCACCUGAAGGGAUUCCUGACUUGGUUAGUAGUUUGCUUCUCCAUUCGGUGGACUGCGCCGGCACCCCUGACUGGGUGUUGAGCUGCUGCAGGAGCCUUUGUUGCUCUCCUGUCUCGCACUCAGCUCUCUUGUUCCUGUGUCAAGGGACGCUCACCAUGUUGGACUGGCAGGAUGGAAGGAUGGGCCCAAGUGGGGAGGCCCUGCUCCUGAAUAUCGUGCAUGUUUUGUUCACCCUGAGUUCACAGAUCAAGGAAUCCACUCUGGAAUUGUUUCUCUCUAGAAUUUUGGCAUCUUGGACUAAUUCAGCCAUACAUGUCCUUGAAUCAAGUUCCCUAAGCCUAAAGGACAGUCUGAAUGGGAAUUCAAGCAUAGUAGGGAAACUUUUGGAAUAUGUGUAUACCCAUUGGGAACAUCCAUUGGAUGCUUUGAGACACCAAACCAAAAUUAUAUUCAGAAAUGUUCUCCAAAUGCACCAGCUCACUAAAGACAAAUCAGACUCAGAAGCGUCAGGUUUGGCUGCCGAUCGUUUCAUUUGUGAGUUGACCGAGAGUCUUCUGCGACUGGAAUGGCAUGUUAAAGGGAAGUACAUGUGUCUUGGUUGUUUAGUAGAUUACACAGGAAUUGGACAUAUUUUGGCACUAGCUAAAACUAUUCCAUCACAAAUCUUAGAGGUGAUGGGAGACCAGUCAUUGGUACCCUAUGCAAGUGACCUCUUGGAGACCAUGUUCAGAAGUCACAAGAGUCAUUUGAAGUCCCAGGCUGUCAACAGUACGUGGAUUGAUGAGUGGCAUGAAACUUGGGUUUCUCCUCUCCUUUUUAUACUGUGUGAAGGCAGUCUGGACCAAAAAUCCUACGUGAUCGAUUAUUACUUGCCAAAAUUAUUGAAUUGCAGCCCUGAAAGCUUAAGCUACAUGGUAAACAUUCUUCAAACUUCUGCUGAUGCUAAAAGUGGGUCGUCUAAUAGUAGAGGGGCUCUGGGAGCUCUGAUGGCGUGUCUGCGAACAGCUAGAGCCCACGGACAUCUUCAGUCUGCAACGGAUGCCUGGAGGGACCUUGUGUCUGGUGCAAGAAUAAAGCAAGGCUUAAUUCAUCAGCACUGCCAAGUGCGGAUAGAUACAUUAGGCUUGCUUUGUGAAAGUAAUCGAAGUACGGAAAUUGUUUCCACAGAAGAAAUGCAGUGGAUUCAAUUCUUUAUCACAUACAAUCUUAACAGUCAGUCCCCAGGAGUGCGACAGCAGAUUUGUUCUCUUCUUAAAAAGUUGUUUUGUAGGAUACAGGAAAGUUCUCAGGUGCUUUAUAAACUGGAGCAAAGUAGGUCCAAACAUGAACCAGAGAAUGAGUUAUCCAAACAGCACCCUUCUGUCUCUUUACAGCAGUAUAAGAAUUUCAUGUCAUCCAUUUGCAAUAGUCUUUUUGAAGCACUGUUUCCUGGGUCUUCCUAUCCAACUAGAUUUUCAGCUUUAACCAUUUUAGGCUCAAUAGCUGAAGUCUUUCCAGUCCCAGAAGGUCAAGUUCAAACAGUGUAUCAGCUGAGUCAUGAUAUUGAUGUCGGUCGUUUCCAAACACUAAUGGAAUGUUUUACUAGUACUUUUGAAGAAGUGAAAAUUUUAGCAUUUGAUCUUCUGAUGAAGUUGCCAAAAACAGUUGUACAAUUUCAGGAUUCAGAGAAACUGCAAGGCUUAUUCUGGGCAGCAUUAGAACUCAGCACAAGCACCAAGCCGUAUGACUGUGUGACAGCUUCGUACCUGCUGAACUUCUUAAUAUGGCAGAACGCCCUGCCCUCAGGUCUGUCUGCCUGCUCACAGACUCAGCAAGCUGCGUGUGGUGGAGAGACGUCUGCCCUUGUGGCGGAAAGGAACACGUUGAUGGUUAUCAAAUGCUUGUUGGAAAAUCUUGAGGAGGACGUGUCUCAGGCUGAGAAUUCUCUGCUUCAGGCAGCAGCGUCGUCCCCACUGUACGGGCGAGUCCACUGUAUCACCGGCGCUUUGCGGCGCUUGUCUCUGAACAGCCUGCAGUUGGUGAGUGAAUGGAGGCCUGUGGUAGAGAAGCUCCUCUUGGUGUCUUACAGGCUUUCCGCCGUGGUGUCCCCGGUCAUUCAGAGUUCCUCCCCAGAAGGCCUCAUCCCAAUGGACACUGAUUCAGAGUCAGCAAGCCGCUUACAGACGAUUCUGAGUGAGAUUCAGCCACGAGACACUAAUGGCUACUUCAGUCAGGCCCGAAUACUGAAAGAACGUGACAGCUUUGAUGUGGAGGACUUGAAUGCCAGUGUGCCGAAUAUUGGUGCUUCUGCAGAGAUCAAAGGUAAAGAAAGAAAGGCGUGUGAUGUAACUGCUCAGAUGGUCCUGGUGUGUUGUUGGCGAAGUAUGAAGGAAGUUGCCUUACUUCUGGGCACACUGUGCCAGCUUCUCCCCCUGCAGCCCAUGCCAGAGCCCCCCAGCGGAUUGCUGACAGUGCAGCAGGUAAAAGAAAUAGGAGAUUACUUCAAACAACACCUCUUACAGUCCAGGCACAGAGGAGCAUUUGAACUGGCUUACACUGGCUUUGUGAAACUCACCGAAAUACUAAACAGAUGCCCCAACGUGAGUCUGCAAAAGCUACCGGAACACUGGUUAUGGAACGUUUUAGAGGAAAUUAAAUGCAGUGAUCCUUCAUCUAAACUCUGUGCUACAAGGCGCAGUGCUGGGAUUCCUUUCUACAUCCAGGCACUAUUGGCAUCUGAACCUAAGAAAGGCAAAAUGGAUUUGUUGAAAAUAACAAUGAAAGAGUUAAUCUCCUUGGCUGGACCUACAGAUGACUCACAGAGCACAGUCCCCCAGGUUCAUGCUUUAAAUAUCCUUAGAGCCUUGUUCAGAGAUACACGUCUGGGAGAAAAUAUUAUUCCGUAUGUUGCCGAUGGAGCUAAAGCUGCAAUUCUAGGCUUUACAUCACCAGUCUGGGCAGUGAGAAAUUCAUCCACACUUCUUUUCAGUACCUUGAUCACAAGAAUAUUUGGAGUUAAAAGGGGAAAGGAUGAACUUUCCAAAAAAAAUAGAAUGACAGGAAGUGAAUUUUUUUCUCGUUUCCCGGAACUCUAUCCUUUUCUUCUCCAACAGUUGGAAGCUGUAGCUAAUACUGUGGACAGCGACGCAGGAGAACUGAACCGUCAUCCAAGCAUGUUUCUCUUACUUCUGGUGUUGGGGAGACUGUACCCUUCCCCAAUGGACGGCACCUCUUCCCCUCUCAGCAUGGCACCUUUCAUCCCCUUCGUCAUGAGAUGUGGUCACUCGCCUGUCUACCGCUCCCGUGAAAUGGCCGCUCGUGCCUUGGUUCCGUUUGUUAUGGCGGAUGAAAUCCCUGAUAUGAUCCGAACUCUGUUGGCCAAACUCCCCAACUCCACUGACCAGUGUUUCCGGCAAAACCAUAUUCAUGGAACGCUUCUCCAGGUUUUUCAUCUGUUACAAGCCUUCUCAGACUCCAAAUGCAGACCGAAUACAUACUUUCAGCAGGAGCUGGCUGAUGUUGCUCUUUGUACCCAAGCCAAACUCUGGCUGGCCGAGAGGCAAAAUCCAUGUUUGGUGACCAGAGCUGUAUAUAUUGAUAUUCUCUUCCUGUUGACUCGCUACCUUGACAAUCCCACAAGAGGCAGCCAUCCAGCUCUAGAGCACCUUGGCUUCUGGGGAGAUGUCAGAAGGAUCAUCUCGAGAUCAGAGCUGAUAACGGGAUUCCCCUAUACCUUCAUGGUGCCAGGCCUGCCCCAGUACCUCCAGAGCCUCACCAAACUAGCCAUCGCCGCAGUGUGGGCAGGGGCGGCCCAGGCUGGAGAGCAGUCAAGGGACAGCCCCAUCUCCUUCUCUCAGCUGUUGGAGUCUUCUUUCCCCGAAGUGCGCCUGCUGACACUAGAGGCCCUGUUGGAAAGGUUCUCAGCAGCAGCCUCUGGAUCAGGAGAGAAGGGCCUGCCACCCUUGCUGUGGAAUAUGGGAGGGACCUUCUUGAUGUUGGCUCUGAAGGAAGAUCACCCAGAAUGCUUCUGCAAGAUACUGAAAAUUCUUCAUCGCAUGGACCCCAGUGAGUGGCUUCCCCAGACGGAGCACUGUAUCCAUUUAACCCCAAAGGAGUUCCUGAUCUGGACGAUGGAUGUUGCUUCCAAUGAAAGGUCUGAAAUUCAAAGUGUAGCCCUGAGGCUUGCCUCCAAAGUGAUUGCGCACCACAUGCAGACCUGUGAGGAGGCCAGGGACUCAGUGGUCCCCACCCUGAAGCGGUGGGUUCGCUUGGUCGCCUCAUCCUGUGGAGAACACCUUCCCACAGAGGCCAGGCUGGCCGCCGCCGCAGCCCUCACCAGCACCGCACCGGUCUUGCUCACCAGCCCCCACCCCGUUCUCGAACUGCAGGAUACACUUGCUCUCUGGAGAUGUGUCCUCAGCCUCCUGCAGAGUGAGGAGCAAGCCGUCAGAGAUGCAGCCACGGAGACUGUGGCAACCGCCAUGUCACAAGAAAACACCUGCCGGUCGACAGAUUUUGCCUUCUGCCAGGUGGAUGCCUCAGUCGCACUGACUCUGGCCCUGGCUGUGCUGUGUGACCUGCUCCAGCAGUGGGACCAGCUGGCGCCCGGCCUCCCAGUCUUGCUGGGAUGGCUCUUGGGAGAGGGUGAUGACUUCGGGGUCCAUGUGGAAAGCAUGCAGCAGGUGGAAGACUCCCUGUUUGAAAAAACCGAAGUCAACUUUUGGGCUGAGACCCUGACCUUCGUGAAAUACCUCUACAAGCACCUCUUCCGUCUCCUUUCCAAGUCCAGCGGGUGUCCCCUCAGCCCUGAAAGCCUCCGCCAUCUUCACAGGACAGCAUCAGAGCAGUGCCACCUCCUUUCCCGGCUGUUCAAAGAACUGCCACCAACUGCUGUAUUUUUAAAGACAGCAGAAUUCACAAGACUGCGCAUCCAGGAGGAAAGGACCUUGGCUUGCCUGAGGCUGCUGGCCUUUCUGGAAGGAAAGGAAAGGGAAGACACCCUUGUUCUCAGUGCUUCAGAGUCUCCUGCAGAAGUGAAUCUGUUCACUCUUGCAAGAACAGAAACAGCUUGUUGAAGAAAAACUUCUGGGGGGUGAGGUGGGGGUGGAUUAUUUCCCCACUAAAUCUGCAGGAAACGUGUCAAACAUAAAUUCAAAUAUUUUCUCCCCUUCAUGAGUCUAGUCUUCUGUCCCUUCCUACAAAGGAAUUUUUCUUCAGCUCACUCAUUCAGAGGAGCCUGGUUUAUUGCAGCUACUGUAGGAAGUGCGGCCACCACGUUGAAUAUUUACUCUGUUCCCAGGUGCAGGCCACCUGCAGACCUGAAUUCGCCUUUCUCUUCCCCCACAGCCUCAAACCUCCAGGCGUAGCCAGCCCACAUUUUCUGUGAAUUGACUGUACUGGGUUUUAACUCAUGACUUUCUCUCCUCUUUUCCAUUGGAUAGAAAAGUUGGAUUAGUUGGCAAACAGCCUAUUGGGUGAGAAUUCCACAUUUUAUUCCAUUUUAGCUAUGGCAGAAGUAUGUUCCAAAUGCUGGAUCCGGGGAGAAUUAUAGAUCAACUUCAUAGAAAUAGUUUUGUUUUUACGAUCUACAUGUGCAGGUCCCACAGUGACCAUCUGAUGCCAUCUGAUUUAUUAAAAAAAAUAAUAAAGCUCCUACCCACCAAAAAUGUUUGUGGUAAUGCUAAGAAACUUGAUUUUGUUUGCCACCCAGUGAAAGCAUAGACCCUUAGCUGUUAAAAGGAAACCCAUGGAAGGGAAAGCCAGAAUAAAUACUUUGUUCAAGUCCUACGCUGCUUACUGUCGUUUUCUUGGUGACAAUAAAAGAUUCUCAUUUAAGAUGUCAGAAAA